UGCUGUCUCGGACCCCGAGUAUUAUCCAAGCUGCGUUUAUGUAUAUUUUGAGCAGCGAAUCGAAAGCACUAUUAGUUCUUUUUGGUUACUCAGGGAGCCUGGCAUCUUCCGUGCCUGGUCAGACUGCGAGGGGACCCCAAGGGGUGGUAUUGGGGUGGUAUUGGGGUAGGAUGAGGCGCAGCACUGCAGCCUCCAGGCCUCCUGCUCCUACCUCAGAGUCCGAGCAGCGAAAUUACAGCCAUUGAUUGACGUUGCAGGAGAAACCAGCGGGCAACAUCGCAUCGCCGAUGUGGCCAACAACAAGAGAGUUGCAGCAUGAAGCCAACCACAGAGGAAUCGAUUGACACGAUCGAGACAAGGGACCUGUUGGCAUCGAUUCUGCUGGAGAUCAAGGGCUUGAACCAGCGACUGUCUGGACAAGGCGAUCGGAUUCUGCAGCCUAGAAAAAAUGCUUCGUUCACGCAGAAACGAGCGCCAACAAACGAAUGGGCCUUGCCUCCUUUUUCCGCCGAGGCAAGGCGCGGCCCGCUGCUCGAAGAAGCGGUGCAGCGCUACAACGCCAACAGCCUCCCGCGGUGGAACGCCCACUACGGCACGCACACGUCUCACCGGCCGACGAUCCAGGUACCCCAGCAAGGCUCCAGCACGCGGUUCGACUGGCCGUCCGUGGUCGGCGACUUUUGGUGCAUCCCUAACGACAACCGCGUCAGCCUGUGCUUCCUGGCGCCGCCGUCCGACAUCACGACGGCCCUGCGCGUGCGCAACUUUGUCACCCACUUCCAUAACACGCAGGCCAGAGGCGCCCCCAACGGCGACUGCCUCAACGUCUGGGACUGGUUCGACUCGGGCACGUCCCGCUACUGGCACCCCGACAAGAUGUCCCCGAUGCCGGCGCUGGACCACGCCCCCGAGGCCGCAAUCCGUGGCGAGGAAGACAAGACAGAAAGCGCCCCGCGCAUAUCGCCGCUCAUCGCGCCGUGGCGCCGCGUGAUCCACAUGCAAGGGCUGACGACGCUCGACAUUGGCAGCAGCAGCGACGUCGACGCGGACAAGCUGGGCGACGACGACCUGUGCCCGGUGCUGCUGGCCGAGGCCGAGGAGGACCCGUUCCAGCGGCCGCUCAACAGAAUGAUCUGGGGCGCCGUGCGCUGCCACCUGCGCUGCCGCCGCGCCACCGCUGCCCACCACGCCGAGCUGCUCACCAAGGGCGGCCUGCUGUUCCACGUCACCUUCUACGAGAUGCUCGGCGCGCACUCAUCUGAAAACAUGGUUGAGCUGUGGCCCCACGCAUAUAUUCCACCUCAUCGCUGAUGUCACGCUAAUCACUGACGCUGUCGCAGAUCAUCGCAGUACCCAGCGCGGACCUGCCAGGUCCCAAGACGCGCGCCAUCUUCUGGACCAUGAUCAUACUGCGACCGCACGGGUUCCCGUACCCGCACUACUACGAGACGGGCGGCGACCUGGCGCAAGGCGGGCGGACGCGCGC